AGAAAGUUCUGUUCCUUCAUAAGGACCUUGAUCUAGGAGGGAAGGUGCUGUGUGUGUGGAGUUUUUCAUGAAGUGCAGUCCUAACGAAAAGGCUGAGUUAAAGAAAACUCACUGCGUGCCCUGCUAGCUUGGUCAACAAUGAGUGCCAAGUCUGCCAUCAGCAAGGAAAUUUUUGCACCUCUUGAUGAAAGGAUGCUGGGAGCUGUCCAAGUCAAGAGGAGGACAAAGAAAAAGAUUCCUUUCUUGGCAACUGGAGGUCAAGGCGAAUAUUUAACUUACAUCUGCCUGUCAGUGACAAACAAGAAACCCACACAGGCAUCCAUCACAAAGGUCAAACAGUUUGAAGGCUCCACGUCGUUCGUGCGGAGAUCACAGUGGAUGCUUGAGCAGCUUCGCCAGGUUAAUGGCAUCGAUCCUAAUCGGGAUUCUGCAGAGUUUGAUUUGUUGUUUGAAAAUGCUUUUGACCAGUGGGUAGCCAGCACGGCCUCAGAAAAAUGCACCUUCUUCCAGAUCCUCCACCACACCUGCCAGCGCUAUCUCACAGACAGGAAGCCAGAGUUUAUUAACUGCCAGUCCAAAAUCAUGGGAGGAAACAGCAUCCUCCAUUCGGCAGCCGACAGCGUGACCAGUGCAGUGCAGAAAGCGAGCCAGGCCUUGAACGAGCGCGGGGAGCGCUUAGGCCGCGCAGAGGAGAAGACGGAAGACAUGAAGAACAGCGCCCAGCAGUUUGCAGAAACUGCACACAAGCUCGCCAUGAAGCACAAAUGUUGAGAAACUGCCUCUCCUGGUGACCUCUUAAGAGAAAAUGAAGUUUGUUCAGCAGUUUUUACAAGAAUUCUGGACCUCCGCUUGCUUCUUCUUUUCCCAAAAUGUGGACAUUUAGGUUAUUUUUCCUUUUCAGAUGUUAAUAUGAGAGAAAAGGUGUUGUGUUUAUACAUUUCCCUAAUAAUCUUGCUAAGAAAUGCUGCAAGCAUCAGCUU